AUGGGCAAACUCGAUGGAAAAAUUGCAUUGAUCACAGGUGCCUCACGAGGCAUCGGACUUGCUAUUGCACAACAAUUCAUUGCUGAAAAUGUACAACAUCUUUUCAUCACAGGUCGACAUCAAAACACUCUCAACGAAGCGUUAGAACAACUUCGUUCACAAAAUGUCACAACAGUACAAGGUGAUGUGUCCGAUAUGACACAUUUAGAUUCACUUUAUCAAAUUAUUCAACAACAUCAACAACGAUUAGAUAUUAUUGUUGUUAAUGCAGGUAUCUCUCCUCUUGCUUUACUUGGAUCAAUCACUGAAAAUGAUUUUGAUCAAACAUUCAAUAUCAACGUCAAAGCCAUUGUAUUUACUAUCCAAAAACUUCUACCAUUAUUAACUGAUGGUGCAUCGAUCAUUCUCAUGGGUUCUGUUUCAUCAAUCAAAGGUCAUCCUAUGACAAGUAUUUACAGUGCAUCAAAAGCAGCUGUUCGAUCAUUUGCUCGAUGUUGGUCAAUGGAACUGAAACAUCGAAGAAUUCGAGUAAACACAUUGAGUCCAGGAAGUAUCGACACUGAAAUGAUCAAAAAUGUUGCCAAUACACAAGGAAUAAAGGCAACUUUUAUUUCUGAUCUCAUUUCAGCUGUACCUUUGAAUCGAUUUGGAACAUCCGAUGAAGUAGCAAAAACAGCUGUUUUUCUUGCUUCCGAUGAUAGUAGUUAUAUCACUGGUAUUGAAUUAUUUAUUGACGGUGGAAGAGGACAAGUUUAA